CUUCCGGUGAAAUGUCAACAAUGUGUUGUUUUCAAUUUUUGCAGAAUAAGUCAUACCACAAUAUUGUAAAGAGGUGACGGAGGAAAAAAUCCAUCAUGUCGAACUUUUCAAACAUAUCAACUACAGCGAAUAUUUCAUUAACAAACACAACUUCAGCACCGCCACUCAUCUAUCAUACCGAAGAAUCUCACGGGGCCCUCAACAUCAUUUUCUUCAUAUUCUUUUCCUGUGCUUUGGGAGCUCUAGUGAGACAGAUUAUCCAUGGUUUAAAGAUCCAGUUGCCCUACACUGUUGUGCUGUUAGUUCUGGGGAUUCUGUUUGGACUGUUGUCCACUAACAACAGCACGGUCCACGCCUACGCCAGAGUUGUGGAGACUGACCCCCAUCUGUUACUGUUUAUAUUUCUACCUGUCCUUAUCUUUGAAUCGGCUUUUGGGAUGGAGGUCCACACAUUUAUGAAGACUUUUAUUCAAGUGUUACUGCUGGCUAUUCCAGGGCUGGCAUUGGCCUCCCUGUUUACAUGUCUGCUGGCUCGGUUCUUAUUUACUUAUGACUGGGACUGGAACAUAGGGAUGAUGUUUGGCUGUAUUCUUAGUGCUACAGAUCCUGUGGCAGUCGUGGCUCUCCUUAGAGAUCUAGGUGCCUCCAAACAGCUGGCUAUGGUUGUUGAGGGGGAGUCCCUGGUCAAUGAUGGGGCAGCCAUAGUGUUCUAUAAUGUGUUUAUAAAAAUGGCAACAUCAGAAGAAGGACUUACCGGUGGGGAUAUCGUAGUAGAGUUCCUACAGGUGGCCCUUGGGGGUCCAUUGUGGGGAUAUUUUGUGGCCAAGAUCACCUUGUUCUGUUUGUCGCGAGUGUUCAAUGAUGCUCUGGUAGAAAUAACCAUUACCCUGGCCUCCACAUACCUCACCUUCUAUAUAGGGGAGGAGCACCUGGGUGUGUCAGGGGUACUGGCCACUGUGGUCCUGGGGGUCACCAUGAACUCAGAAAAAACCAUGAUCAGCCCGGAGGUUGAACACUUCCUACACAGGUUUUACACUUUUAACACCCUUAUUUUAUAUGGCAUGGUGAUUGCAGAAAAAGCUAUUUUUGAAAUCCAUGGCAUUGACUGGUUUUAUAUGUUUGCUCUUUACUUUGGGAUAUUUGUCAUCAGAGGACUUGUGAUUGCCAUCUUCUCUCCGAUCCUGAAGCACACGGGGUACGGAUUGUCCUGGCAGGAGGGGAUGGUGAUGACCUGGGGGGGAUUGAGGGGGGCGGUGGGGCUGGCCCUGGCUCUACAGGUAGCUCACCAUGAUGAAAUCGACAGCGAGACUGUGGGCAUUAGGGUUUUGAUCCAUGUAUCUGGGAUAGUGUUUCUGACUCUGUUAAUCAAUGCGACAACCUGCUCAGCUCUUCUUAAAGCCCUGGGCAUGAGUGACAUUUCCCCAGCAAAGAAGAUGUCCAUGGCUAAUUCUCUGAGAUUCAUGCAAGACAUGAGGGAGAAGACACUGAACAUGUUAAAAUCUGACAGAUUUUUGGCUGAUGCUGACUGGGACGUGGUGGAGAAGAGCUGUGAGAUCGAGGAUCCGUAUAAAACAACGGAGGAGGAGGCGGAUGUAGAGGAUUCCCUGGAUAUCCGACCCAACUCCAUCUGUCCUGAGUGUGAUGCCAAACUCCCCGCCCAGUACACCAGGAAGGAGCUGAGGGAAAUGACCAACGAGGCCGUGCUCAGAAUGCUCAAAGCAGAGAAGAUGAGUUACUGGAGACAAUUUGAGCAGGGGAUGUUGUCAAGAGAAGCGGUCAGGAAGUUACACGAUUGUACAGAUGUGGCAGCAGACAAACAGGGAAAAUUCAUCGAUGUUGAUGAAAUUAAGAAAAGCUGGGAUGUACCAAAGUUUUAUGAAAAUUUAAAAAGCUACGUCAUCAAGUUGAUAGGUGGAGUAGACAUUCCCAGCCCUAAGUCUUCGAUUCUCCGCCAUUUGUAUUCCAUCACGCAGCACCAGGCUUUCUACAUCACCAUGGUCUCCAUCAUUGUCAUUGACAUGGUUAACGUGGCGUUCUCCAUCGUCUGUCAGUACCACACUGCGUGGAAGGAUAAACGCAACAUCUUCCGCAGCCUCAAUGUCAUGUUUGUAGCGUUAUACAUCAUGGAGUGUGUCGCAAAGGUGCUUGUGCAGAGACAGGAGUACAUCAGGCAUGGCUGGAACAAUCUGUGUCUGGCAAUCAUCUCUAUCGGUAUUGUGGAUAUAAUUGUGGGUUUCACCCUCCCGGCAGUGUACGCUGACGAUAGGAAAGCUGUGACGGUGGUCAUCGUCAUCUUCAUGCUCCUCAGAAUCAUCAGACUCUUCAGACUGCUAGAGCCCCUGAUGCCGCUGGUGGUGAAGCUUCUGAAGCGACAGAUCAGUAAACAUCUGAGUUACGGUUACGACGUGGGGAGGGGAUAUGUGGCGGGGGAGGAGGAGGUCAGGAAGCUGAUUGACCACAUGGUGGAUCAGAAGGACAUUGCCAAGAACCUUAAACAGUCCAGUGACAACGGGAGACUGGAUGUCAUCAGGUGCCUCGGGAUGUUACAGAAGCAGCAUCCAGACAUUGCUCUGUCCAUCAAGACCCGGCAGGCCAUCCGCAGUGUCCUUAACAACCUGAGGGACGGGGUCCAUGAACUACUGAUGGACGGAAUCCUGGAGGAGGCAGAGGGAACCAAACUAGAAAAGAUGAUAGAGGAGAAGAUGAAGAGAUUGUUAAGUUUCCCGCCCAGUCUCCCCCUGCCACCUCCUGACUACAUGUUAAAGCACGUCUUCUGGCUUCGUAACGAUGACAAACUCAUUGGCUACAUCAAGAAUCAGGCCAAGCUGAUCAGCUAUAACUAUGAGGAUGUGAUAAUCCAUGAGGGAGACCCGCCAGGAGGAAUCUACAUCAUAGUGUCAGGGAUGGUCAGGUUGGAAUCCACCAUUCAGCCAGGAAAACCCAUCAUUUACGAGGGUAAACCCAGUGGCUCAGAACUUCAGGUCAAGGCCAAUCUAAUUGACUUUUUGACCUCUGGAAAUAUCAUUGGAGAGAUGGGUCUGCUAACAAAGAGACCUCGAUCAGCAACUGUAACCUGUGAAACAGCUGUCCAGGUGCUGUUUAUCAGUGGAGAUGACAUGGAGAAAGCCAUGGAGGAGUUCCAGGACAGCGAGCCAUCACUGGAGUACAGGCUGUGGCAUGUGUGUGCCAACAGGAUCGCCACGUCUAUACUGAUGAAACAACCCGCAUACCAGGGUUGGACAAAGGAAAAGAUAAAGUUGCAGCUGGAGAACUCUUACUUGUUAGACUCGGAUGACAUCGAUGUCUUCACGGUGGACUCUGGCAUGAGUGAUGUUGUUCUUAUCAAUGGUUAUGCCCAGAAUGUCUUUACUAAAGAAGUGUUUUCUGCUCCUUGUUACAUUCCUUGGACUGUCCUGAAAUUAGAACUCCAGCCACAGAAAGGACCUAAGACAGUACUGCUGAUAGUUCCAACAGAGAUGGGCCAGCCUACCCACUCCCAGCACGUGUCUGGUCACGAUUCUAAACAUGGCCAUGGUGCCUUUGUCCGGUCCAUCAGUCAACUGUGUCUGAAGCAUGCCUCCAGCCAUCGAAACAAAGUCAUGUCAAAGUGGAAGGUUAAUGAACAACUGCAGAAGAUACGGACAGCUGAGAAAAUCCAGCAGGCUAAGAGCUUAGGAAUUCUCUCAAGUAAAAACAAAGCUACAACGGAUGAACAGAAAGGUCAUGUUCAGUUCAAACCAGGGGAGGCUAACCGCAUGCUGUGGUUGGAAAGGGAGAGGGCGCUAUUUUCGGGAGCUCGUGCUUCUACCCCCGGACUGUUGGAGGGGAGACCACUCAGGUCACUUUCAAUGGAGUACCAGGCCACAAAUUCCGCUACUAACUCAGAGCCACGAACCGCCAUCCAGCGAUCAAUCAGUGCUGAUCCCGCCCACUCAAGCAGUGAAUCCAACCACUCGGGGAGCACCUCAUCAAGUUAUCUCAACCUAUCAUCAAAUGCAGGACUUUUAACCCCGUCAGUGACGGAUCAAAACUUCAUUCUCCAAAACAAAAUCAUCGAGGAAAAUGAAGAACUAGUAUCUCCCGAUGAAAAUCCUUCUCCUUCACCCACACUCAGAAACAGGAAGGAGAGGCAUUCAUGUAUCAAUCGGUGUCAUUCAAUAAGUGACCGAGAGGAUACGCUGUCUGACAUAAGCUCCACCCAUGGACACCCUCUGUGUGAUCGCGCAGACUCGGUGAUUGACAAUGUGGUAGGUAAUCAUACUCCACUGACAAAAUCUGAUACAGGGACAUACAGCAAUAUAGAAACCACCACUCACGAUCGACCAAAACUGGACGGACUGACGGACGGAACCUACGUAUGCUCUGUUACUGUGGGUAACACCCAUCCGAAAUUAACUCGUGGGAACAGAGAGGAAACCAAAUUCUAAAUGAGCUUGUUAUUAUUAUUGUUAAAUGCUGAUAUUGCUAAAGCGAACUUCUUGCCUGUAAUCUAUAUACUGGUAUACAUGUUUAUCUGUCUUCGUUUUUCCUUAUAAUUUUAUUUUUGGCUACAUGUAUUUAAUGUCUCAAAGUAAUAAUGUGAUUUAAGUGUAUUUCAUGUGCACAUUUGAGAAAUAACACAAACGUUAUUGAUGCCAUUUUAAAAGAAUACAUACCUAUUUAAAUUACACAUUGUACUGAUUUUCUCCUAUAGUUAUCAUUUAGGUGGAGAUAAAACUUUUCUUCUAGUAAGUAGAUAAAUAGAAUGCUAUAUUUUGAAUAAAACAAAGUUAUAUUAGUAAAUGUUUACGAAGUAAGAGAGAUAUUUCUUUUAUGAGAGUGUUAACAUUAUGUGCAUCAUUGUUUUA